UUGCUGUGUUUCGAGAAAUUGACUUCCCAUCCAUCUAUACCCGCGAGAUAUCCGGGACUCGUUGCAAAAUGCGAUCUGUCAUUCUGCUGGUCGCUGGCCUGUUGGCCAGAUCGAUUAGUGCUGUUCCCUCUCAGCCUGUUGUGCAGAGACAAGAUGGUGGCGGCCGUAUGGUGUUUGCACAUUUCAUGAUGGGUAUCGUGCAGAGCAGAGGUAGUUCGGAUGACUACGACGAGGAGUUCGGAAUUGCAAAGGCGGCCGGUAUCGAUGCUUUCGCACUCAACAUGGGCCCUGAUGUUAGCAAUACACAACUCGGCCACGCAUACGACAGUGCCGCGAAAGUUGGCAUCAAGGUGUUCAUCUCAUUUGAUUUCAACUCAGGCCUAUUCAGCACAGGCGAUCCUGCCGCUGUUGGUGACAGAAUCAAGGCAUUCAAGGGGCAUUCGGCUCAACUCAUUGUCGACAACAAGCCUUUCGUUUCAAGCUUCAUUGGUACAGGGUUGAAUGUGGCAAGUGUCGAGUCGGCUGCUGGAACCGAGAUCACCUUCUUCCCCAACUGGUAUCCUCAGGAUGACCAGACCGGUGCUGACGGACUGUUCAACUGGAUGGGUUGGUACAACGAUGGCAGCAACAACCCCGGUACUGUCGCACCUAGCGUAGGUGACCAGGCCUACCUCAGUGCCGUCGGAUCGAAAGACCGUUAUAUGGCGCCUGUCGCCCCGUGGUUCUCUGCGCAUUACGGCGGUUGGGUUCCUUAUACCAAGAACUGGAUCUUCCAGGGCAACGACCUCUGGUUCGAGAGAUGGAAAGAAAUCCUCACAACUGGCCCCCGCUUCAUCGAAAUCGUUGCCUGGAAUGACUACGGCGAGUCGUCGUAUGUCGGUCCGCUUAGAGCCCGACAUGAUGAUGAUGGCCACAGUGGGUGGGUCAACGACAUGCCACACGGUGGAUGGCUCGAGAUGGCCAAGCCGUUCAUUGCCGCAUUCAAGUCGGGUGCGACAAGCCCUACAAUCACCGAGGAGAAGCUCGUGUAUUGGUACCGACCCAUGCCCAAGGGGAUCGAAGGUUGUACCGAUCCCCUUGGUAAGCCCAAUGGCUGGGAUCUCAUGACCGACGAGGUUUUUGUCGUCGCCUUGCUCACGCAAGCCGGUACCGUCACCGUCACCUCAGGACCCAAUACCAAGAGUUUCGAGGCCCCCGCUGGUGCCAGUCUCUACAAAGUUCCCAUGGGCGUCGGUACACAGAAGUUCACUCUCACGCGUGGCAGCACUGAAGUUAUGAGCGACACUUCUCUGCGCGACAUCCUCAACACAUGUCCAUGUGGUCUUUACAACUUCAACGCCUACGUUGGAACUGUUCCUGCUAGCCCGGCGGACGUUCUUGUGGAUAACGGAAAUAUCAAGAGCGGCGGUGGAACUUGUGAACCCAAGUCCUCGCUUCCUAUUCGCGCCCCAGGCAGUUCUCGCCUGUAGUUUCUUCUGCUGGGUACUCUUUACGGUAAGUCUUGCUGCUCUUGUUCUGCCAACGAAGCUGAC